ACACAAUGUCUUGUGCUCUGAGCUGAAGCAACUAUAUGUGGCAAUAACUCGUACACGGAAAAGGUUAUGGAUCUGUGAUAAUAUAGAUGAAGUUUCCAAACCAAUGUUGGAAUACUGGGAAAAGUUGUGCCUCAUUCAGGUCAGAUGUCUGCAUGAUUUAGUUGCUCAGGGAAUGCAAGUUGCAAGCAGACGAGAUGAGUGGAGGUCACAGGGUUUCAAGCUCUUCCAUGAAAAUAACUAUGAAAUGGCAAGACUCUGCUUUGAAAAAGCAGGGGACAUGUACAAUGAAAAGUUUGCUAGGGCUGCUAGUCUUCAAGCAUUGGCUAAUAGUAUAUCCAGUUCAAGUCCUCAAAUGGCCAAAAAUUACCUUAGUGAGGCUGCUGAUAUGUUUGAAGGCAUUGGCAAGGCUGAAUAUGCUGCCAACUGUUUUUUUGAAAUGAGGAGUUACGAAAGAGCAGGGAGAAUUUAUAUGGAAAAAUGUGGGGAAGCAAUGCUGGAUAAAGCCGGGGAAUGUUUUUCUCUGGCAAGAUGCUACAAGAGUGCAGCUGAGGCCUAUGCUAAAGGAAACUAUUUCUCAGAGUGUUUGGCUGUAUGCAUUAAAGGAAGACUCUUCUACAUGGGUUUGCAGGUCAUCCAGCAGUGGAAACAGAACAGUAAGGGUGCUAUUAAAGAAAGUGGUGAAAUACACAGAAUUGAACAGAAUUUGUUAGAAGGAUGUGCCCGUCACUGUCAUGAGCUUAAAGAUCUCACAGGCAUGAUGAAGUAUGUUAGAGCUUUCCAUUCCUUUGAGUCGAUUCGCACUUUCUUGAGGGACUUAUGUUGUCUCGAUGAGCUUCUUUUGAUUGAAAAAGAAAAGGAAAACUUUGUUGAGGCUGCAAAUAUUGCAAAGUGCAUUGGAGAUAUAUCAUUAGAGGUUGAAAUGCUGGUGGAGGCUGGAUGUUUGGAAGAUUCUUCAAAGGCUAUUCUGCAGUAUGUGUUAGUCAAUUCUCUGUGGCAACCUGGAAGCGAAGGAUGGCCUUUGAAGCAGUUUAUACGAAAGAAGGAGCUUGUAAACAAAGCCAAAGUAAAUGCUGAGAGGGUUUCAAAGCAGUUUUAUGGAUUUAUCUGUACAGAGGUUGACAUCUUAUCACAUGAACAGAGUACCUUGUUUGAGCUGAAUGAGUAUUUUAGAUCUUCCCAGAAUAAUGGAAGUGUUAGAGGUGAAAUCUUAUCUGCUCGAAAAAUUAUUGAUGCUCACCUUCAUUUAAUAAGUAUCUUGGAGGACAGGGGGAAAUCUGAUUUAUAUACCUAUCUGACAACACAUUCAGAAGAAAGAAUAUCCAGUAACCAGUUCUCCAUUGAAACUUUGGUUCACUUUUGGAAGUUUUGGAACUUCUGGAAGGAUGAGAUUGUGAAUAUAUUAGAAUAUCUCGGUGGAGCUAUUAAGAAAUAUGUGGAUUAUAAAGAGUUCUGUUUGAAUUACUUGGGUGUGCUGAAGCAGCCCAAUAAGCGAACUCCUCUUUACCUUGUGCUCUACCCUGAGGCAGAUUGGGUAAGAAAAACCGAUGACAGAUUUUUGCAUAGAAAUGGAAAAUUGGUCUUCAUUGAUGCUAGUCAGUUUGUCUCUGCUGCCAGGAGUUAUUGGUGUGCAGAAUUACUUUCUGUAGGCAUAAAGAUUUUGGAAAUUCUUGAAAACUUGUAUCAGUUCUGUACCAGGAAUUCCUUUCCUGUGUUUUGCCAAAGCAUUCCUCUUAUUUAUAUAUUUGAUGUGACUAAUUUUCUUAUGAAGACAGGGUCACUGCACUGCUGGCAUCCUCAUGCCGAGACACUCCAAAUGUUUCUUGAAAAAUCAAGUGAGCGCUUCUUUGGCUAUAUAUAUCCCCUCGACUGGCGAAAAUCAUCUACUGAGGAUAUGGUGUCUCUCAGAGAAAAUAAGCUUGCUGGGAAUUUACUUAGAGAAGUUUUUCUUAAAAACAUCAGCUUGAAGGGAAACCUCACAUAUGGUCAAAUUGGGAGGGCAGUGAUGAUUAUGCUUGGGUCAUCUAAGCUAACUGACGAAUUUGCGGAAAGCUUUAAUAAGGAUUCACCAUGGAAAGACUUUAUUAAGAGACUUUGUGUUACUAAGAGAUCAGAACUGUCUUCAAAGAGUUCUGCUGCUGCUGAGGAAGAACUUUCAUUGAUUUUGAAGCUCCGUGAAGCACUGGAAGACACUUACAAUGCCAACUGGCGAAAAGGAAUGGAUUUUGUGUCACCAGUUUGUUUCUUGUAUCUUGUGGAACACCUAUUGUUUUUAGUGUCAUAUUGCCAGGGAUACGUCUUCACAACUAAAGCUUUGGUGGUUGAAUGGCUUAUUUUCCAGCAGUGGAACACCACUCCGAGUGCCAGUUCACUGACGGAUGUGGGUGCAUCUGAGAAGACUGAGAUAUUGGGGGACACUUACAGUUUCAUGGUCUCCAUCGUUCAUGAGCUACUUUGUGAUGAGGAGGGAACAGUGGAAUGGCUUGAAAAAUCUAAUACAGAUUUGAAGGACUAUCCAGUGCUGGUGUUAAGACUAGUUGUGAUAAUGUGUUUAAUUUGUGUGAACUCGGGAAAGCAUUUUGAUUUACUGUUUGAUUUGCUCGGUAGGAACUGCAUUAUUUCACAUCUACCAAAGCAGUUCUAUGAUGCCUUUCUUGGUAGACAGAAACGCAGUUUUGUUGAAGUACUUGCAGAAGCUCUAAAGCAGAUCGAGAGUGUGCUUGUGAUAGUGAGUUGGGGAAAUAAUCAUUUUCACUUCUCUCCUGAUGCAAUUCUUUUGGAUGAUGUGGUUAACCAAAACAAAGAGGGCAUACUGCGUGUAUUGUUUCCGAAAAAUGUUUCAAGCCGUGGACAGCAAUCAUUGGUCUAUAGUGAUUGUGGGAAAGCGUCUGAGCCUGAUUCUUCAAACUCAUCCACUGCAGACCAGAACAUGAAGGCGAGGAAUGAAGCUGAAGGAAAUGAUCUGCAGGAGAAUUAUGAACGCUUCUGUGAAAUAUUUAAUGCUCUGAAGCCAUUAGAGAAUGCAAAGGAUGCGGGCAUGGAAAAAUGCAAUUUAAAUAACCCAAGGUUGCAGGUCUUGGUGGAGAAAAGUAUCAACCUCAUAGUUGCUGUCAUGACCCAAUACUUUCAGAUGAUCCCUUGUGACAGUGAAGAUGGAAACAUGGCUGGGGAACCAAACAGGGUCCACUGCGAAGAUGGGAAUCUUCUUUGGCAUGCAAACAGAAUGGUUGAUGGCUUUAAGCAGCUUCCUUAUCUGCUGAAUUGGAGUCCAUUUUAUGCAAACAGAAUGGUUGAUGGCUUGAAGCAGCUUUCUUAUCUGCUGAAUUGGAGUCCAGUUUUCAGUGGGAAGAAUCUUGAGAAAAACAUGCCAAAUAUUCAACUACUUUUGAAGCAGUUGCAGUCAGGAAAGGCGAGGGUGGAGCCCUUCAUGAGACAGAUAUGCUUGAAGAAUGCUGCAGCUGCUGUGUGAUGUCCCACAUCGGAUAGGGGAGAAUGUUUCUGGCGCUAUAUAUGUAGAGGCUCCUCUUAACCAAGUAGACGCGUUUUAAAGCCGUGAGGGCCCCCUUGGGCCCAAAGCGGACAAUAUCUACAUGGUUGGGUGCGGGUCGUUACAAAUGGUAUCAGAGCCGAUCCCCGACCCCGGUGUGGGGGUUUGUUUGGCUUUGUCUGUUUGGCCCCGCAAUCCCAUGGGACACAACGAGGACGUUGUGUCUGCAUGGGGGGGUGUUUGUGAUGUCCCACAUCGGAUAGGGGAGAAUGUUCCUGGCGCUAUAUAUGUAGAGGCUCCUCUUAACCAAGUAGACGCGUUUUAAAGCCGUGAGGGCCCCCUUGGGCCCAAAGCGGACAAUAUCUAUAUGGUUGGGUGCGGGUCGUUACAUGCUGGGUCCAGGAUUACUGAAGAUAAUAACAGUGGAUGAUGCUGAAGAAAUCACAGCUAGGAAUAAUGGCCCAACAAGAGAAGUGAAAAGAAAGCUGGAAAUAUGUACUUGAAAAUUUUCUAUCUUCUUCAAUCAACAUUUUCUAUUUAGUGAAGAGGGAAAAAGGAAAGAGACAGCAUUUUUUUU